UAUAAACGUCGCAGACACAACCCGCAACAAUGGCGCCGGCAUUUACUGACACGCAAAAACCGGAAAAAGAUUCUGUUACCGGUAACUCCGUAACCACCGUACGAUGUUGUCGCGAGUGGCGUUCUCGCCAUACAACGUUGCUGCCAACAGCGACUACCAUCAUCAAGCCCUCCCGAUUCGCCGCAGCCGCCGUGUCGCCGCCGUUUCCUGCGCUCCGCCUCCUCGAACAGGGCCCGCUCUGUCUGUGGCCACUGAGGAGCCCAAGAGCCAGCGAGUUGCGUACGAGCCGAGCCUGGCGGAUCGGCUCCGGCUCGGGAGCUUAGCGGAGGACGGGUUUUCGUAUAGGGAGAAGUUCAUUAUUCGGUGUUAUGAGGUUGGGAUUAACAGAACUGCGACUGUUGAAACCAUUGCUAAUCUCUUGCAGGAGGUUGGAUGCAGCCAUGCCCAGAGUGUUGGAUUUUUGGCUGAUGGAUUUGCAACUACGCAUACUAUGAGAAAAUUGCAUCUGAUAUGGGUUACUGCUCGCAUGCAUAUAGAGAUCUAUAGAUACCCUGCUUGGAGUGAUGUGGUAGAGAUUGAAACAUGGUGCCAAACUGAGGGAAGAAUUGGGACGAGACGGGAUUGGAUUCUCAAGGAUUUUGAAACUGGUGAAGUAAUUGGAAGAGCUACCAGCAAGUGGGUGAUGAUGAACCAAGACACCAGACGGCUUCAGAAAGUUACAGAUGAUGUUCGUGAUGAGUGUCUAAUUUACUUCCCAAAAGAACCGAGGCUAGCUUUCCCAGAGGAGAACAAUGGCAGCGUAAAGAAAAUAGCUAAACUAGAAGAUCCUGCUGAGUAUUCUCGACUAGGGAUGGUGCCGCGAAGAGCUGAUUUGGAUAUGAACCAACAUGUAAAUAAUGUCGCCUACAUUGGAUGGGUUCUCGAGAGUAUACCACAAGAAAUCAUCGACACACAUGAACUACAAACCAUUACACUAGAUUAUAGAUGCGAAUGCCAGCAUGGCGAUGUGGUUGAUUCUCUCGCCAGUCUUGAACCAACCGACGAUGGUGCUAGUCCAAACAAGCGCUUCUUGCAUUUGCUGAGAUUAUCCGGUGUCGGACUUGAAGUUAAUAGGGGUCGCACUGAAUGGAGAAAGAAACCUGCUAAAAGAUGAACUGUGUUUUUGUUAUAGAUGAAAAUGGCCAUUAUAGAGUAAGUUUUUGGCUCUUUCCUCCUGAUUGCUCUUGAUGAAUUUUAAGGAAUCAAAGCCUAUGAAUAGGAUUCAGCUUCUAUUCAUUUGUAGUGCAUUUAGAAUAUAGAAUGAUAAUAGGGCUCUAUAGUGGUGGCAGUUUGACUAGCAAUGGUGUCCCAAUGAUUUUAUUGUACUAUAUUACCAAUGUAUGAACUCAUAGUCCUAUGUAGUAAUUCUGUUAGCAUCCGAUUAUUAAGGUUUAUGUUGUCUUUUGUU